ACUGGAGAGAAAGAAGAUACACACAGUUGUACACAACCAGCAAACAAAAAAUAAUUUAUACUUAAUCACCACUUAGUCCAUAAACUAAUACAACUAUAUGUAUACACAUAAUUAUAAAAGCCAGCCAAUUUCUACGAAACUUCUCUCUAUGUCUAUGUGAACUUUCUCUUUCUCUUCUUGUUGAUUCUACUUUGUUUACAUAAUGGGAAACACAUCUUCAUGCUCACCAUCAAACUCAUCAUCAGGAGUAGUCAAAAUCUUAGCUCCUUUCACCGGAACGCUCGAAGUCUUCUCAAAACCCAUAAAGACUUCCCAAAUCGUCUCUCAAAACUCAGGUCUAUUUAUAACCGACUCAACUUUGCUCCAAAUAGGCCACCGAGUCACCGCCGUAUCUCCCGACGAGUUCUUGCGGCCGAGACGACAUCUAUACCUCCUCCUUCCCACAGACAUGUUAUACUCUGUCUUAACACACGAAGAACUAGCUCUCAUCUCUGAGAAAGCAGCAGAGAUACUCAAUGAAAACCGGCAUAACCAUUUGAAGAAAAUAUUCCGAAGAAGAAACUCAUCGUCUGUUAAGGAUGAUAAUCAUCAUCAUGAUCAUGGUGGUGUGGAAAUAAGAGAAACCCUAGAAGAGAAGGUACUAUACGAAUCCAAAUAUGGAUCUUGGAGGCCUGGAUUGGAGACGAUCGUGGAGAGCUAGAUGAAUUGUUCAAUAAUUUUUAUAUAUUAUAUUAUCAAUCGGUCAUAGGCGAGUAUUCUUUGUUCUUUAAAUUUAUUUUUCCUGAUAAUUUUUGUCCGAGUUUUAAAGAAAAUUGAGAGUUAAUUAUAUAUGGUUCUGUUCACGAUAUUGGAUUUUAGCUAGCAUGACCCUGUCCCAUGAUGCAGCAUCUCUAGCUUAAGAACAAGUACUGUAGUAUUUUCAUUACACAAUGAACAUCUACUUUAGAUUACCUCAUAUGCAAGUAACUGAUUUUGAUUGGAUAUUAGUAUUGUUUUAGCCUUCUAGGCUUUAGCUUUAGGUGUUAAUCCGACAGCUAUAAUGGUCAACGAAGGCGUACAUAUUUCAUAUUUGUAGCUGUUUCUAGUAAAUUAAAUUGUA